CUUGCGUACGUUUACUCUGUUCGCUGCUGUUGCUAUUGAAAACUUUAUACUAAAGAUCAAUCAAAAACAUUCAGUUUUACUGCAAAAAGUAGAGUGCAUUUCAUACAAUGGCUGACGUGUUAGAUAUUGACAAUGCAGAGGAGUUUGAAGUUGACGAUGAAGGAGAUCAGGGAAUCGCCAGGCUAAAAGAGAAGGCAAAGAAGAGGAAAGGUCGUGGACAUGGAGCAGAACUUGUUUCCACAAGAGACGAUGUUGGUCAUUACGAGUCCAUGAAUGUUGUUGAAGAUGACAAUGAGCCUGGACCUCAGAGAUCUGUAGAAGGAUGGAUUUUGUUUGUGACACAAGUACAUGAAGAAGCACAAGAAGAUGAUAUUCAAGACAAGUUUUCAGAAUUUGGACAAAUAAAGAAUUUGCAUCUUAAUUUAGACAGAAGGACAGGUUUCUUGAAAGGCUAUGCUCUUGUAGAGUAUGAGACAUUCAAAGAAGCACAAGCUGCUAAAGAAGCUUUAAAUAAUACAGAAAUCUUAGGACAGCCAAUUCAAGUUGAUUGGUGUUUUGUUAAAGGACCAAAGAAAUUAAGAAAGAGAAGCAGUAGAAGGCGAUGAAAUUAUUUAUCUACAAUGAUGCCAAUUCCUCUAUUUUUUCCCAUGAACAUUCAAUCUAACUUAUUUUUUAUUACGUGUAAGCAUUUCUUCUUGACAGUUACAAACAUUAAAAAUAAAAUGUAUCUAAAUCUGGUAACUAAAAUAA